AUGGGUGUCCACAUCUUUGGUAAAUCUAUCAAGCAUAAUGCAUUAGUGAAAAUAGGGUUGGCGAAGAAGAUAUUCGGUGUUGGCUAUAAUACUGCCGAAAGAAUUUGCGCUAAGGUAGGUAUUUAUCCAAAAAUGAGAAUGAACCAAUUAACAGAACCUCAAAUCAUGGCAAUAAACAAGGAAUUAUCUGACUUAACUAUUGAAGGUCACUUAAAACAAAAGAUACUUGAUGAUAUUAAAUUGAAAAGAUCUAUCGGUUCUAUCGCUGGUUCCAGACAUGCAGCUGGUUUGCCAGUUCGUGGUCAAAGAACUAGAAAUAAUUCUCAAACCGCUAAUAGAUUAAACAGACUCGAGAGACAUGUAUAG